AUGGGUGGCAACGCGAGCAAAGUCACCGCCCAGGACAAGGCCAUCCUCGACCUCAAGCUCCAACGCGAUAAGCUCCACCAGUACCAGCGCCGCAUCACCGUCCUCACGGACAAGGAGACGGCCGUUGCCAAGCAGAUGCUCGCCAAGGGCGACAAGCCGCGCGCGCUGCUCGCCCUGCGCCGCAAGAAAUAUCAGGAGUCCCUCCUCCAAAAGACCGACGCCCAGCUCGAGCAGCUCGAGAAGCUCACAUCGUCGGUUGAGUUCGCCAUGAUCCAAAAGGACGUGGUCUUUGGCCUGCAACAGGGCACCAAAGUCCUCAAGGAGAUACACUCGGAGAUGGGCGGCAUCGAGCAUGUCGAGAAGCUCAUGGGCGAGACAGCCGAUGCGAUCGCUUACCAAAAGGUUGGUCGUCCACUCGUCCUUCGGGAACGAACCCUCCUUUUGGAGGAUCAUGCGAAGGCUUGGCGCGGCGCAGGUCUUGUCUGCGAAGUCAGCGACAUGCUUGGCGGCCGCAUCUCGGUCCAGGACGAGGAGGAGGUCGAAGACGAGCUCGCCGCUCUCGAGGCCAGUGUCGCCGCCGAAGACGCUGCCCGCAACCCACCCAGACAACACAAGCUCCCCACGGUACCCGACACGGAACUGCCGGUGCCAGAUGCGACAGAAGAGGAGGAGCCGGCAGCGCAGCAGCGCGUGCGGACGAGGCAGCCCAUGCUGGCGGCAUAG